AUGGAUCAUUUCCACAAACCUGAGAUUGGCAAGCGAUUGUUGGCUUCAGUCGUGGAUGAACAGGCAAGAGAACAUCCAAAUCAGAAGUUCUGUAUUAUUCCCAAUAGUGAAAGCUCUCAAGAGGGAUUUCAAGAUGUCUCCUUUGAAGAUAUCGCUAGAGCGGUGGACCAGAUGUCGUGGUGGAUAGCGAGGACUCUCGGUUGUGGGGAUGACCAGACACUAGCCUAUCUGGGCACAAAUGACAUCCGAUACCUUAUUCUUUUUCUCUCCUGCAAUAAAACCGGCUACAGGCUUUUUCUUCCUUCAACAAAGAAUUCUGACGAGGCGUUACUACAUCUUUUGAAAGAAACGAAUACCAAAGGAGUUCUGCAUUCCACUGGAUUUAAAGAACAAUUUCCAGCCAUUGGCAGACUUGUUUCAAAGGUGGAUGUUGUCGAAAUACCCUCUUUGAAUGAGUUGUGGGAGAAGCAAGCGUCCCCCUACUCUUAUAUCAGAUCAUUUCGUGAAGAACAGGAUCGUAUUGUCUUGAUUAUGCACACAUCUGGAACAACAGGUCUUCCCAAGCCUAUAUUUAUGACUCACGGGUUCUUUGCCACGAUCGACAGUGUCAAUGUAUUUCCUCUUCCGAACGGUCGGCUUCCAGGGAUACCUUGCAGUACUCUGCUUGCAGGAGAUGCAAUUUUAACAGUUACCCCAUUUUAUCACCUAAUGGGCUUUUUCUUUUUCAUUCAAGCGAUAUUCGCUGAAUUGCCGUUUGCUUCACCACCAAGUAAGCCAUUAUCGGGUGACCUUGUGGUCGAAACAUUAAGGAAAUUACGCCUUGUCUCGGCUGCCCUUCCCCCGUCCUUAAUUGAGAAUAUCUGCAGUUCAGAUCUUGGACUGAAGACCUUGACUCGAUUGGAGAACCUCUACUUUGGUGGAGCGCCUCUAUCUCCCGAAGUAGGAGAUAUGCUUUACGAGAAAGUCAAGCUCAACUCGGUCAUCGGAUCUACGGAGAUGGGUGUGUUAUUAUCAAUGCAGCCUGUUGAUGAAGCUGAUUGGUCAUACUUUGAAUGGGCACCGAAUUUCAACAUCUAUAUGGAUUCGGUCUCAGACAAUUUGCAUGAACUUGUUGUUCGGCGAGGCGACAAUCGCGAGGUAAAUGGGAUAUUUCAUACAUUUCCGAGCCUGCUGGAGUACAGGACCAAAGAUCUUUACAUCGAACACCCUACAAAAAAGCAUUUAUGGAGGUAUUGUGGCCGCUCAGACGACAUCAUUGUUCUCAGCAAUGGCGAGAAAUUUAAUCCCGUCCAGAUGGAGAAGGCAAUAGAGGCUCACCCACUUGUUUCGAGGGCACUUAUUAUUGGUCAAGGUAGAUUCCAAUCUGCUCUGUUGAUUGAACCAAACUGGGAGUUAUGGUACUCGAGAAAUUUCUCGUCUGAUUCCGCAUUUCUGGACGAAAUCUGGCCAAAAAUAAGAGAGGCCAAUGAUGGAGCCCCAACUUAUGCACGGGUCAUGCGAGGUAAGAUUGGAUUGGCAGCUGAGAACAAGCCAUUCAAAAUCACGCCCAAAGGGACUACCCAACGCCGAUUAGUUCAAAACGAGUAUGAAGAUUUGAUUCAGGCUUUAUACAGAGACUUUCAUAAGAAGCACUUGGAAUGCCCGGACGAGGGGUCUUUGGCCAGUAUCACAGCCUUCAUUCGCCAGGCUGUUCACAAUCAACUGGAAAACAGAAACGUUCGCGAUACUGACGACUUGUAUAACACUGGUUUUGACUCUCUGCAAACCGUGUUCCUUGCAAACACGUUGAGCAGCGCGAUAACAUUGAAAAAUCCAGAUUGGGGCCUAUCCAUAAAUAUGCAAGAUAUUUACGCUCACCCGACCAUUGUGAGCCUGACUCAAUACGUUACAGACCGACUGCAGGGUAUCCAGACCGACACAAAGACCUUGCGGGACAAAAGGAUCAACAAUACUAUCCAGAAAUACCGUGACAGUCUUCGUUCAAAAACUCCAUUCCCGACGGAGAAAAAGGAGAGAAAUCAGCAUGUAGUCCUGCUCACAGGCUCCACUGGUUCUCUGGGAAGCUAUAUACUGAAUCAGUUGCUUAGCGACCACACCGUCGCAAAGAUCUACUGCCUUAAUCGGUCACAUGAUGCUGAAACUAGACAAAGGCAGAUUCAUGAAGAGAGAGGCCUCAAGCUCUGGCAAAGUGACGAGCAAGUUGAAUUUGUCAAGGCUGUGUUUGGAGACGACAAAUUAGGUCUCUCUGAAUCAAAAUACAACACCCUUCUUGGUACUGUUGACAUAACGAUUCAUAAUGCUUGGAGACUUGAUUUCAAUCGAAGGGUUGACUCUUUCGAAAAUCUGAUCAAGAGUGUUCGGGACCUCCUUGCAUUCAGCCUGCUCGGUGAAUGGUGCUCACAUCUUUUCUUUGUUUCUUCUAUAAGCACCAUACAUGGUUGGGAUCCAGCCAUGGGGCGUCCCUCAGCACCAGAAGAUGUGAUUGAGAACCCUGAUAUUGUUAUGAAGCUAGGCUAUGCCGAGUCUAAGCACAUCGCUGAACGGCUUUGCUACGAAGCCUCCAAAACAGUGGGCGUGCAAACGACUAUUCUACGAGUGGGCCAAAUUUGCGGACCUACGAGGUCUGAAGGGAUAUGGAACCGAAAUGAAUGGUUUCCAAGUCUCAUCACAACAUCAGAGAGAAUUGGAAAGAUUCCGACGAGUCUGGGUGCGAACAAGCUAGACUGGAUUCCUGUGGAUUCCCUUGCAGAGAUUGUUAUGGAAAUCAUACACAGUCGUCUUGGUACUCAAAGCAGCUCAGCUUCCGCCGCUUGUUUCCAUCUCGUUAAUCCCAACAAAACAUCCUGGGAGUCGCUCCUGCCUUGUGUUCAGUCCAAACUGAGUGUCACCACGGUCGCCGCCUCUGAUUGGAUCUGUGAUCUCGAGAGUGUUUCUGACCCAACCGAAGAAGACCUUCAACAAAUGCCUGCAAUUAAGUUAUUGGACUUCUUUCGCGGGCUAUUAUUACCCAAUAUACCAGUUGCCGGUGUCGACGUGCGAAACGCCAUGCAGAAAAGUCCAACUAUGGUUAACCUGCAGCCAAUCUCGAAGCAAAUGAUCACGAAUUGGCUGGGGCAAUGGGGCUUUCGGCGAGAUAGCUAG